GCGAAUGGGUUAUCGAAGCGCGAUGCCCUCGAGUUCCCAGACCCAUUCGCUGUCAUAACUGUAGACGCAGAACAGACUGCCACUACCAGUAUAAUCAAAAGGACUCUCGAUCCGUACUGGAACGAAGGUUUCGAUGUGCGAGAAUCAUCUGUCAUCGCAAUUCAAGUACUUGAUCAGGGAAAAAUUGAUGAGCCGGAUCAGGGGUUCCUUGGAGUUGUCAAUAUU